GCCAGGCCACCCCUCCUGAAAGCCAUGGGCCCAGCUGGAACCUACUGCCUCACCUGCCCCUGGGGGAGGAGUGUUUGCCCGUUGCCAGGCGCCCAGGUUCCGGCCCCUAGUACUGGCAGCAGUCAUGCUGCACGCACAGUCCUUCCUGCCAUGGCUGCUUCUGCUAGCGAUGCCUGUCCGCACCCACACCUGGUCACGGCCCCUGUGGUACCAGGUGGGGCUGGACUUACAGCCCUGGGGGUGCCAGCCAAACAGCCUGGAGGGUUGCAAGGGCAUCCUGGGGUGUCCUGGCCAUUGGAUGGCCCUGGGGGUGAACCGCAUCUACCCAGUGGCUGGGGUCACCGUCGCCACUACCAUGAUGCUGAUGCUCAGCCGUGCGGUGAUGCAACGGCGGCGCUCACAGGCCACUAAGAGUGAGCAUCCGCAGGUGACGGCUAACCCCUGUGCACCCUGGAAACGACGGGCCCCGAUCUCAGACCGUGCCCUACUCCUUGGGGUCCUGCAUAUGCUGGAUGCCCUCCUGGUCCAUAUUGAGGGCCAUCUGCAGCGUCUAGCCUCCCAGCAGCGAACCCAAAUAAAGGGGGCUCCUGCCCAGAGCGGGUGACCCAACAUACUCCUCUCUUUGC